UCUUUUAUUCAACCACUGUAUACCUUCUUUUAAGUUGAGUUGGGUGAGUGGAGGAGAGUGAGAUAUUUUCCUUUUCCCUUCUUUUAAGGUCUCGCCGUCUUUGGCUGAUUCACUGCACUGAUUUCAUUUUUCAUAUAUAUAUUUUUUCUUUCAGCUGAGGAAAUUGGUGGCUGCAUUAAAGUAAGGAGCUUUACUGUGGCAAUUAUUUCAGGAACCAUAUAAAACCCCUCUCUCUCUGUCUCUCUGCCAACUCUUGGGAUGGAGAAGUCAUAAACUCUCACACUGCCCCCUCCAAUAUACCUUCUUUGGCUUUUCCUUUUUUUCCAUCUGAUACAAUACUUUUAUCAAAGUCUGUUCUUUUUCCAUUCUUGAGAAGGAGAAAACAAAUAAAGGUGAUAGAUCAACUCAAGCAAAGGACACCCUUUUAAAUCCCACUCAUUCUUGGGUCAUUGAUAGAUCUCUGCUUGAUUUUCUACAAUCCUUUUUUUUUCUUUACACGAAAGAGACAACUCAGAAACAAGGUUCGUUCAAAGUGGUAGUCAGGAUCUACCAGGAUUUAGACAUUGGCUUUAGAGAAAAACCAAGACAAUGUUGCCUCAGAAGCAAGCAGAAGAAGCAAUAGUCUCAAACUUAACCGAGAUGGAACUUGAAACCAGAGAAGAAGACAAAGAUGAAGAAGAACAACAAUCAUUGUUUAGUUUUAAAAACCUCCUCUGGCAUGGUGGCUCAGCUUGGGAUGCCUGGUUCAGCUGCGCUUCCAAUCAAGUGGCUCAAGUGCUGUUGACACUACCCUAUUCUUUCUCUCAACUGGGUAUGCUGUCGGGAAUUCUGCUUCAGGUAUUCUAUGGACUAAUGGGAAGCUGGACUGCCUAUAUCAUCAGUGUGCUCUAUAUAGAGUACAGAAGCAGGAAAGAGAAAGAGAACGUCAGCUUCAAGAACCAUGUCAUCCAGUGGUUUGAAGUGCUUGAUGGGCUGCUGGGUCCAUACUGGAAGGCAGCUGGACUUGCCUUCAACUGUACCUUCCUCUUAUUCGGAUCUGUCAUACAACUUAUAGCUUGUGCAAGCAAUAUUUACUACAUCAAUGAUAAAUUGGAUAAAAGGACAUGGACCUAUAUUUUUGGAGCUUGCUGCGCAACCACAGUUUUCAUUCCUUCCUUUCACAACUACCGUAUUUGGUCUUUCCUAGGUCUUGGGAUGACCACCUAUACAGCCUGGUACUUGGCAAUAGCUGCCUUUGUUCACGGUCAGGUUGACGGAGUUACGCACAGCGGUCCAAAAAAGUUAGUGCUCUACUUCACCGGAGCCACCAACAUUCUAUACACCUUUGGUGGACAUGCUGUGACUGUGGAAAUCAUGCAUGCAAUGUGGAAGCCUCAAAAAUUCAAGUACAUAUACUUAAUGGCCACAUUAUACGUAUUUACCUUAACCCUUCCAUCCGCUUCUGCCGUCUACUGGGCAUUCGGGGACGAGCUGCUCAACCAUUCCAACGCCUUCUCUCUCCUCCCCAAGAAUGGUUUCCGUGAUGCUGCCGUCAUCUUAAUGCUUAUUCACCAGUUCAUAACAUUUGGGUUCGCCUGCACUCCAUUGUACUUCGUGUGGGAGAAGGUGAUUGGGAUGCACGACACAAAAAGCAUAUGUUUGAGGGCGCUGGCAAGGCUGCCAGUGGUGAUUCCGAUCUGGUUCCUGGCCAUCAUCUUCCCCUUCUUUGGCCCCAUUAACUCCGCAGUCGGUGCUCUUUUGGUCAGCUUCACCGUCUACAUCAUCCCAGCUUUAGCCCAUAUGCUCACCUACAGAAAAGCCUCUGCCCGACAGAAUGCAGCAGAAAAGCCUCCGUUCUUCAUGCCAAGCUGGACUGCAAUGUAUGCCUUCAAUGCCUUCAUAGUGGUGUGGGUUUUGGUGGUUGGAUUUGGGUUCGGUGGAUGGGCUAGCAUGACCAAUUUCAUCAGGCAAAUCGACACUUUCGGCUUGUUCGCCAAGUGCUAUCAAUGCAAGCCACCUCCACCAACCGGAGCAGCAGCAGCUGCUGCAAACCACCACUGAGUUGACUCAACCCAAAAACAUAUAUAGCAAGAAAAAAAAAACCAAAGAAAGAAACAAUAUGAAUUCCCUGUUUUCCCUCCAUAUCUUUGUAUCAUACAUGGGAAGAUACCAAUGUCUCCCCUACAUGUGAUGUGUGCUGGAUUUUGUCUCUUUUUUUUUCUAUUUUUUCCCCUCAACCCCUUCUCUUAAAUUAGUAAAUUAAAAAUAGUGUGUUGAAUUUGUGAUGAUUCCUUUGCAAUCAAAAGCAUAGGCCUAAUUAAAUACCA